AUGAUGGAAGCGGCGCCGGCGGAGCAGCGGACACGCUUUGCCCGCGGGGACGCCAGCGCCUUCGACAGCGUUGUCGGUGAGGCUGUGUCGCACGUGCCGUGUUCGUGGGAUUCAUGCGCGGGGGUGGCACGCUGCUCUUCUCUCUCAACGCUGGCCACUGGUGCUCCAACUUCUGGCACGCCGGCCGGCGUGAAGGACAGGGAGCUGGAUCUGCGCAUGGAGGUCGUGCCGAGCGGAGGCUCGACGGAUGAUGCCCAAGCAUGGCGCAUGCUUUCCGUGCCGACUGAACUCGCUUGGUGUGCCCUUGGCAGCCAUAGCGAGGGCGAAGCGUCUUCCUCGUUUUCGGCAGCAGACCCCAGCGCCGUGGAUGCGAGCCCUUUCACAGCUGAGGAACGUGGGUACUGGAGCAGCUACUUUACCAUCACGGCGUCAUCGCACGGAGCUGCGAAGUGUCACGCAACGGCUGGCGUCUGCCGUGACGACCACGAAGCUCCACACGGCGGUGUGCCGGACCUGCCGCGCUUGCGACUGACCCCGUGUGUAACGGCUUGGAUUCUCGAGGCGGCAGCGACGCUAAUGCGUGCGAAGAGCAACCACGAGGCUGUGAACGAUGGACUGGUAGAUGGAACCGCAUUCUCGGCGGUCCCUGCGACGACGGCGAGCGCGUGCUUCGAGCAAGCUACACUGUACUUGCUCAGGUGGCGAAGGGCGCAGCUGCAGCGGUGCCUCAUCGGGGAAGUCCAUGAAGCUGCGCUCCAUGCAGGGGCGGAGAUGCUUGCCGUUGGUGAAGCCUCGACCACGGUGCGUAGGGCUUCAGCGGGGCGGUACCACGAGCCGCAGCGCACAGCUGAAUCGCCGCUACGCUGGUCGCCUGUUUCGUUCUUGAGGGAUGCACUGCUGUGCACCUACCUGUACGCGGCACAGCCAGCUACAGCUGCACUCGAGCAGGAGACGGUGAUCAACGAAGACGUAGCCGGUGCCAAUGCGACGACGACUCGAGGGAUCAACCCCGACCGCCGCACGACACUGUUGGAUGUCUUUCUGGAUUGUGUGUGCACCAGCGAUGCGACGGCGUCAUCAAAGGGAGUAGCGUCAGCGGCGUCGGUGCGCGACGGAGGUCUCUUCAGCGCUGGCUGCCGGCGCGCCCCCGCUCUCCUCUCGUCUUCCGCACUUACGCAGCCGACCUUGAUGACAGCAAGGAGCUCCGCUUCGGCUUCGAUGCGGCACUUCCACAUGGCCUGGGACGAGGCCCACGCCGUGGUGGUGCAGCUGCACAAGGGGCUAAUUCAGUGCUUUGGUGAGCGGGCCACCAUGGCACCGGCGGUGGCGGCGCCUCUCUGUCUAUACACCCAGCCCGCCAUGCUGCAUGUCGUCUCGUCGCUCUCCGUCGGGUUCGCGCGGUGCCACGAGACUGACUUGCGAAGGGCUGCCGGGUGGAAACCGUGGACGGCGGUGCAGAUGUUCCUUAAGGAGCACGCCGCCGUGUACAACGCCGACACGUACGCACGGCACCACAUGCCAGCUGUACGACUCGGACUGCACAACUCUCUCCUUAACGCCUUGCUGCUCCUCACCACCUACCAUGCCGACACAGCCUUCCAGCUGCGGGAGCCCAGUGACGUGCCGCGCGUGCUGCUCUCGUCGCCCGCGGUGGACUUCGCCGCGUCAAAGGGCAGGACCGCAGCACCAUACAAGGCUGCGGAGCGACAAGCCAUCUCGUGGUGGUGCAUGAUGCAGCAGGAAGCGCCAGCGUACCGACACCAGAACCUGCAGUCCAGCAUCGCCAUCUCGAUGGGCUUCUUGACGGCACUUCAAGAGCACAGUCGCGAGCAGCUUGAGGUGCGCGAAGCUCUCAUGCGCGAGUACGAGCAGCGCCGCGCUGCCUACGAGCGCAACCACAAGGAGGAGCAAGGCGGCCUUUCCCACUCUUUCAGCGGCGGUGGCCCGUCGCGAGUGCGCAAGUACUACGCCUCUUCAUCUCAGUCUCCUGAGGAAAGACUAGCAGAGCAGCGACAGCGCCUGGAGGAGCUGCGCGGGGUUGCGCUGAUUGAUCGACUCUUGCCGUUCGGGUCAGCCACUGUCUCCCCGGAUGCCACCGCAUCCUUGCUGCGUCAGCUGCUUGAAGGCGGACAUCCAUACAAGGCGCUGAAGCUGGCCGCCUCGAUCGUGCACGCCAGCCGGAUGCUACGCCACGCCGACAAGCAGCCGCGGCCCUCGCUUCAGCAAGGCGUUCGAACCGUGCACACUCGAGUGUGGAGUCGCCGAUCGCAGCGACAUGUGCUUGUGAAAAAGCAUGUGCCAGUUCUACGUUUGGUGGGCGACCCCAACGCCGAAGGCUCCGACGACGACGACGCGCGGCCUGGGGCGCAGGCACGCCGCUCAGUGCGCCCUGUCGGCCUCGCUUUCGUGAUCAGCGACCGCGUUGUGGUGGAGAUGGCGCGCGUCGGGCUGCGAAUGGGCGAAGCCGGCGCUGCGCUGGUGAACGGCAUCGUGCAGGACUGCCAACGGGGCGCCUUGCUGGAUUUCACGCACCGCAGAGGGCUGCCAGUGCCAUUGUGGGAGGACAUCGCCGACAUGCUGUCGAAGGCGAGAUUGGCUCAAUCCCUCUUCUCCAUGGUGACACCUGCCUCAGCUUCCGUCGCCGCUACCGCGCCGUCGCAGCAGCUUCACGAGUGCCAAGCCCACAGUGCUCGCCGUCGCGGUACAGAAGGGAGCGAGGCAGCCCUGCUGGUCAUCAUGGGGGUUGGUGGCGGCGAAGCUCGCCUCGGCCGCGGCGACGUCGACGGCUACGGUGCCGCACAUCAGCGCAUCGCUCCCACACCGGCGCUGCUAGAAGUUCUGCAGACCCACACACCUCCCUCCAACACGGCGCAGCACACUGCCUACCUCAAAUUGCUCCUCCAGGACGUCGCACGCUUCUCCACUGUUCCAGUGCUGCUAGCGCUGCAGUACCAGGCCUGUUUUAGCCGCAGCCGCUACGCAACGUCGCGCGCGGAUGGCCUGGCCGCCGCUACUGCGGCGAUGCAGGCCGCCUAUGUGAUGACCAUCUCGGCAAUCGGGACAGCGUCAUCGUUCCCCGAGUCAAACCAGGCGUCGUCUUGCCCCACCUCUGCUGCGUCUGCUGCCGACGGUGGUGACGCCUCUCGUACAUACCCCACUCCCGCGGAGUGCAGCCGACUCUUGCGAGCGCUACAUGCCGAGGCGGAAGCCCAGCGGCCAGCACUGCAGGAGGCCAUUCUCUCCGAUGCGUCAAGCCUCCACCGUCACCGCGGAGCCGCGGACGGUGUUUCCUCGCCGUCAUCGCCCUUUGCGUUGCACACUAAUCCCUGCCUGAAAGAGGUGAAGGCGCUGCUUUGGGGCACCUCGCAGGAGGACGACGCGUCCCGCGCAGGGGUAAGGCGAGACGGAGAGGAAGGGGCCGCGGCGGUACCGGCGGUGCGGCGCCGGGCAAAGCUGCGCCUGGCCGUACUGCUUCAUCACCUGUGGACGUCUAGCAUCCUCGCGCGAUCAGCGGCGCAGCAGAGCACGUCACUUUGGGCAGUGUGCGCAGCCACGCUACUCGGCGUGGCGGAGGCCGCGUUGCUCCGUUCUCAGGGCAGCAGCGACACCGAGAGGGGCGGGUUGGAGGCGGACGGCGCCGGCGCUUCCCUGGCAUUGCAUCACGCCUACGUCGCCGCUGGCCCACUGCUGCGGCACGUGGCGCCGCAGCAGAGCCCAUUGUACGUGGAUGCAACAGUGAAGGCGCUGCUGCUUUGCAGCCCUCUGGCGUGCUGCGAGGACAGCCGUAAGGACAACGGCGGCGUCGCCUACGCAGCUCGCUCGAGCUCAUCCUUAGCCGCCACUCCGACCCGCACCACACGGACCGACGGCUCUCUUGCAUCUACUCACCGCGGCGAGCACCCAAGUGAUGAGUGGCCCAUGGUUCUGUCCUCUGCCAGCGCAGCACGUGUACGUUCUCUGCCCGCCUUUCUUGCGCUCCAGUGUUCCUUGUGCACUGCCUUGUACACAGCAGAGCAGUGUACACUAACUGCAGAGACUCCGGUACCUGCGCACCUUGCUUCCCUCCUCGAGGGUCUAGCGGCUGCGCGCGCCGCUCCGCCGGACCGCGUGCGCGAGUGGCCCGCGUGGAAGUUGUUCGCGCCGCUACUUCGGCAGCCUGUGCUGGCACGGAUGUGGCUGCACGACGCAUUAUUGUGUCCUUCUUCCAAUCUCCUGAUGUGGCUUGUUGGAGCGCUCAGUCGCGAUGACGUGGAGGGCUACGCCAUGCUGCGCGCGUGGCUGGAGCAUAUCGAAGCAGGGCCGCGCCUUACGCUUGCGAUGCUGCAGGAGCUGCUUGCUGAGACGGAACGCCGCCAUCGAUCUGCGGUGGCACGUCGCCUACGAAGGCAGCGUUGUUGA